AGGUGUCGUCUAUUGUGAGAAUACCUGCGGCUGCGGUCGGUCAAUGGGUUAGGCUCUGGAUUGCCUAAGGCUGAUUGAUGAUCUGCGGGCAUUUUUUGAUUGAGCCUGAUGUCUGUUCGACGACUGUGGUUCAGUUGCUUCAGGUGGCUGCAGUGGGAAGUGGGUAGCCAAUGCUUGCUCGGGGAAGGAGCUGGCGUACAUCACAAGAUCGCCAUCGUCUUUAGAAGAGCUCGAUCUCAACUCUGCCCUCAAGCCCGACCUGCUCAUUAUACCCUUCAGUCUGGAACAAUGUCCCAGUCAGAUAACCAGCAAGACAACGAGAAGACUACGUCAGCAGAUGAGGUUUUCUACCCCCAUACCCCCUAUGGUCAUUCCAUUAUCCUGUGUCGUCUCGGAUAUCAGGUCCGAAAAGACAGGCCCAGCGACGUGCUGGACUGUCUCGGAGCCGGCGGGCUAUGUGGGCGAGGCAGCCUUGCUACCGUGCUUGACUUCAGUGCAUUGCACUGCACUCUGGUGAAAGUCUAUUUUCGAUCUGAAGGUUAGCAAGGCUAAAAGGCUAUGUCUGGGACUGACGAUGUCAUUCCUGGAAUGGCGACCCGGUGCUACGCUUGGUGAGGAAGGAUUGUGAUGAUCAUCAAUUGCGUUGGGCGGCCUGCACUGCUACAGCUACAGUAUACUUGAGGGCGCAUUUUUUUAAUUGUGUUCCAAGAUUGUAGAAGUGGUAGAAAGGGGGAGCGACAAUUUUGCGAUCUUGACGAGACAUGGUAGAGUAGGUCGGAU